AUGGCAAAAGAAUUCCGCCCCCUUCUCAUCAUCUUCUUCUCUUUCUUGAUUUCCUCUACACUUUUCGACGUCUCGGUGACGACGGCUGCCGAUGACGCCAACGAGGUCCUAGGCCCCACGGAUGCUUUCCAUGCACUAGACCCCGAGGACCCUUUGGUUGUCACGAUAGGAAAAUUUGCUGUGGACGAAAACAAGCAGCAAAAGAAAGAAAAUAUCCAGUUUGAAAAUGUUUUAAAGGCUGCAAGCCAACAAAUUGGAGCAAAAACUGAGUAUGGCCUCCUUAUUAAGGCAGCCGAAAAUGGUACUUCGAACACCUAUGCUGCCAUUGUCUUGGACAGCAAAAAUUCUGGGAAGGAGCUCGUUGGCUUUAGAAAGCGAAACUUGGCAGUUUAG